CCGCUUCUAACCCACCAGGCCGAUCGUCGCCGCCCGCCGUUAAGUCGAUUCUUACUCUGCCAUCGUCUUCUUCCUAUUCGUCUUCUUCGAACUUCAUUUGCAGUCGCUGGCAACGCUGGAGUACGGUCGUCAGCCACCUCGGUCCAUCGUAGCAAAUUGCGAGAGAGAGAUAGAGAGAGCAGGGUACCGAUCAUUCGAUCAAUUACCUCACGCAUCUCAGUUCCAGAUUUGAAGUACUCAAGAGGAAGGGGAAAGGACGAACGAAGCUUGCGUGCUUGAGCGCUCCUUCUUCUGCAGUAGCAGAGAUUUUACUUCAUAAGGGGUUUGGAUUUCGUGGUCAGGUCUUGAAGUGAAGUUACAGCAUGGUACUUCUACAAACUGACCCAUUUCUAAAUGAGCUAACUAACAUGUUUGAGCACAACACAGAGAAAGGCUCAGUUUGGGUUACUUUCAAACGCUCAUCAUUGAAGUCAAAGGUUCAGAAAAACAAGAUGGCAUCAGCUGGCAAUGAAAUUGAAUAUAGAUGCCUCGUUCGUGCAACCAAUGGCAAGAAAACCAUUUCAACUUCGGUGGGGCCAAAGGAUCACCAACGAUUUCAAGCUUCCUAUGCAACUAUUCUGAAGGCCCGGAUGACUGCCUUGAAGAAGAGGGAAAGAAAAGACAAAAGAAAAGCUGCAGAUGCAGAUAAGAAACAAAAGGGUUCAAAGAAGCAAGCUACUGCUUAGACAACAUCUUUUUGAACUGAGCUUCUCACAUUUUCUUGUUGAACUCUGAAGAGAUGCUGGUUUUGUAUUGGCGCCUUUCUUCUGUAGGUAGUGCUAAAAGCCUCUCCCCUAAAAGAAAUUCAUUUUCUUUUGUGAGUUCAAAGAGUAUUCGUUGUUUGAAGAAAAGAAAAUUAAAAGUUUCAUGUAUGCCUUGGUGGAAAGACGUGGUAAGAAAUUUUGAAGUAGAGUUGAAAGAGUAUUGCUUGAAGCA